AUGCUCUGUACCACCUUCCCUGUUUCCUCGAGAAGAGCGGCUAUAUCUAUAACUAAAAAGUUACUACGAUGCAAUAAUAGCUGCGCUUCCACUCAUUAUAAGAUAAAUUCUCUCUAUGGUGUGCGUCAUAAAUCUUCUGCUGUUCAUGUGAGACGAGAGCAGCCUUCUCCUGCUUUUAAUAUUAUCAAUGAAGAAGAAGACAAUGAUACUGAGGCUGCCGUCGAAGCUGCAGCCGCUACGGAACACGUCUGUGCCGAUACCGAUGGUCCUAGUGCCGCAGUCAUGGCACAUAAAAGAAAGUUGACUCCUCUUUUCCGAGAGGUUGAAAUGGACGAUUCAAUGAUUGGAAUGACUGGUGGAGAAAUCUUCCACGAAAUGAUGGUGAGACAUAACGUUGAUACUGUUUUUGGCUACCCAGGUGGUGCCAUUCUCCCUGUUUAUGAUGCUAUUUACAACUCUGAUAAAUUCAAGUUUGUCCUCCCUCGUAAUGAACAAGGUGCUGGCCAUAUGGCUGAAGGAUAUGCCAAGGUGAGCGGCAAAACUGGCGUUGUUUUGGUCACUUCUGGGCCUGGCGCAACGAAUACUGUCACUGCCAUGACCGAUGCUUUGGCUGAUGGUGUUCCUCUUGUUGUGUUCACUGGUCAGGUUCCAACUACUGCCAUUGGAACUGAUGCCUUUCAAGAGGCUGAUGUUGUUGGUAUUUCACGUUCUUGUACCAAGUGGAACGUAAUGGUGAGAUCCGUUUCGGAGCUUCCGCGUAGGAUAAAUGAGGCAUUUGAGAUUGCUGCAUCUGGAAGACCAGGACCAGUUCUUGUUGAUUUGCCAAAGGAUGUCACUAGUGCUGUUCUUAAUCAUGCAAUUCCAACAUCUUCCACUAUUCCUAAUAACGCGUUGGAUACUAUUACGCGUUCGGCGGUCACUCAAUUCACGACUGAAUGCAUUGAACGUGCUGCUGAUUUGCUCAACAAAGCUAAGAAGCCAGUCCUAUACGUCGGUGCAGGUAUUCUCAACAAUCCGAAGGGUCCUCAGCGUCUACGUGAAUUGGUUGACAAGGCACAGAUUCCUGUUACUACUACGCUACAAGGUCUCGGUGCCUUUGAUCAGAGGGAUGAAAAAUCACUAGAUAUGUUGGGUAUGCACGGUUCUGGUACUGCAAAUAUGGCAAUUCAGAACGCCGAUUUGAUCAUCGCUAUGGGUGCAAGAUUCGAUGACAGAGUCACUUGUAAUGUUUCAAAGUUUGCCCCUGCUGCUAAGUUGGCUGCUGCUGAGGGACGUGGGGGUAUAAUUCAUUUUGAAAUCUCUCCAAAGAACAUUAACAAGGUUGUUGAAGCUACCGAGGCUAUCGAAGGUGAUGUUACCAGGAACCUUGAAUUGUUCAACCAGUUGGUGAAACCUGUUAAGUCUAGACCGGAAUGGUUUGCCCAAAUUAAAGAGUGGAAAAGAAAAUUCCCCUAUGCUUAUGAACACGAGGAUCCAGGCUCUCCGAUAAAGCCUCAAACUUUAAUUAAAGAAAUUAAUAAGCAGGCGAUUGCAACUGGCCGUGAGACUAUCAUCACCACUGGUGUCGGUCAACACCAAAUGUGGGCUGCGCAAUACAUUACUUGGACCAAGCCACGCACGUUUCUUACUUCUGGUGGUUUGGGUACGAUGGGAUUUGGUCUUCCAGCUGCUAUAGGUGCUCAGGUUGCCAAACCAGAUGCUUUAGUUAUUGAUAUAGAUGGAGAUGCCUCUUUCAAUAUGACUCUUAAUGAGUUGUCCUCUGCUGUUCAGGCGGGUACUCCAAUUAAAAUUAUUAUUCUCAACAACGAAGAACAAGGUAUGGUGACUCAAUGGCAGUCGUUGUUUUACAAACAUAGAUAUUCACAUACCCACCAGCAGAACCCUAACUUUGUGAAGUUGGCCGAGGCCAUGGGACUAAAAGGUGCUAGAGUUUCCGAACAGAAGGAUUUAUCCCCUGCUAUUGCUGAAUGUCUUUCUUACAAAGAUGGACCUUUCUUACUAGAAGUCAUGGUGGAACAUAAGACGCCGGUUCUUCCGAUGGUUCCUGCCGGUAAUGGGUUAGAACAUUUCAUGUCAUACAAUCCAAAAUUUGAGAAGGAGCAAAAAGAGCUUAGACACAAGAGAACUCAUGGUAAAUAUUAG